AUGAUUAGCCGCUUGAACAUAUCGAGGUUCCGCCAGAAGUUAUUGUUGGAUUCACGGAUCCAACUUUUCCAAGCCAAGACCUUGUCGCGUGGGAUUGUCCGCCAUGCUCAUCAGGGCCGAGAUCUGUUGAAAUUUUGGCGGGCCUUUGAAACUUUCUUGGAGCUUAGAGGCAGCCCCUUUGGAGGCCUGAUGCUGAGCAAGGCAGAAUUCACGUUGCACGCAUUCAAAGUGGCCGGGGAAGCGUCAUAUCUUCUGAAUCCUGAUUUGCAUGGCGGCGGCAAGACAGAGUUCGCUGGUGUCGGUAUUAUUAAUCCCCUGAGGGUCAAGCACUGCCACAAGGAUGUGAGGCGGGACGAUUGCUUAACUCAAUAA